AUGGCUGUGCCGGGGGAAGGUGCGGGAGCAGCGCGGUGCUGCGGGCGGCUCUCGCCUUUGCUGCUGCUGCUCAGCCUGGUGGUAUUCUUGCUGGUGUUUAUGUGCUCGUUGAAGGUGUCUGCAGUUGAAGAAGAAAUGGGCGACCACAAAGAUGUUAAGAAGUUUUUCAGGACACAGGAUGAUUUAUUAGUGCUGUAUUCUAGAUCUGCUGCUGCUGAGAGCUCACUCAGGUUACUGUCCAGUGUGACCCAAGAGGUGAAAGGACAAGGCACUAUAUGUUCAUCAGAACCCUCCUCUGAAGAAAUCAAAAUCCCAGAUGCUGCGAAAGCAGAUAAGAAGAAAGGUGAUCAACCUGCAGAAGAUGAAAAGCCCAAGAUAAAAGUGAACAAUGAAUAUGAGAUUGAGCAUGACAACACUGGACUGAAUGCAGGCUGGUUCCUUGACCAUGUGAUCAUGACAGACCUGAAUAGACCUCACCUCUGGUUUUACUUCCCCUGCAACAACUGGCUGAGCAAGGAGGACGGGGAUGGACUGUACAUCAGAGACCUCAUCGGCAGCCUGGAUCCCAUGGAUGUGCCCAAAAUCAACAAAUACAUGGUCUGAGUUUUUACUGGCGACAUUAGCGGCAGUGGAACGGAUGUGGAUGUCUUCAUUAAUAUCUUCGGUGAGAAAGGAGACACAGAUGUGAGGAAACUGGAAAAUGACAAAGACAACUUUGAAAAGGGAGCAGAGUACAAGUUCACACUCGAUGCUCCGAAUUUGGGAAGGUUAAGGAAAAUUAAUAUAGGGCAUAAUAACAAGGGUGGCUCUGCUGGCUGGUUCCUUGCAAAGGUGAUCAUUGAAGACAUCGUCAAUAAAUGCAUGUACCAAUUCCCAGUUGGAUGCUGGUUUGCUUUAGAUGAAGAUGAUGGAAAAAUCCAGAGGGACAUUCUGGUUGGGGGCACUGAAGCCACAGGUAUUGUGUACAAUGUCGCUGUAGUGACAGGAGAUAUCAGAGGAGCUGGCACAAACUCCAAGAUCCACAUAAUCCUCCAUGGCUCCAAAGGCUUAAAGAACAGUGGGAAGAUUUUCUUGGAAGGAGGUGAAUUUGAGUGUGCCAGAACAGAUCUCUUUAACGUGGAGAUAGCUGCUCUCCUCAGCCCUCUCAGCAGAGUCACCAUUGGGCAUGAUAACUGUGGCGUCAGUUCUGGCUGGUUUUGUGAGAAGGUGGUGGUUUACUGCCCAUUCACUGGUAUCGAGCAAACUUUCCCAUGUAGGAAAUAGCCGGAUGAAGAUGAAGGAGAUGGUCUCAUAGAGCGGGAGCUCUACAAAAUGCUCUCCCUGCGCCAGAGAAGACUGAAAAAAAGCCCCUGGUCUCUGUGGGUCUGGACAAGUGACAUUAAGAAUGCAGGGACAGAUGCCACCAUCUAUUUCCAGAUAUGUGGAGACAAGGGGAAGUCAGAUGAGAUGAAACUGGACAACAAUUCAGACAACUUUGAAGCUGGACAGACUGACAAGUUCAUGAUCGAGCUCCCUGAUCUGGGCAUAUCUUAUAAGCUUCGGAUAUGGCAUGAGAAAAGAAAUCCCUUUUCUGGCUGACAUCUGAAUAAGGUAACUCUGCUGAAAACGCUGAUAAAAGAAAAAUACUCAUUCAACUGCGGCCACUGGCUAGAUAUAAAUGAAGACGACAAUGAGAUCAUGCGGGAGCUCCCUGCGGAGGGAUCUCUAGUGACUGAAGUCAUGCCAGUGAUGAAGUACCGGGUGAUGGUUUACACUGGGAUGGUAAGUGGGAGUGGCACGGAUGCCAACGUCUGUCUGCCUCAUCGGUGAGCAGGAGACCGUGUUCUCUACAACUGCAUCAACACUGCCAAUAAAUUUGAAAAAGGCAAUGCUGAUGAAUUCUUCAUCAAAGCAGUAACGCUGAAGCAGGUGAGGAGGGUGAGGAUAGGGCAUGAUGGCAAAGGAGGAAGCAGUGGCUGAUACCUUGCCAAAGUGAUAGUGAGGGAAGAAGGACAGCCAGAAAGUGAGGCUGUGGAAUUCCCCUGCUACAGAUAGCUUGACAAAAAUGAGGGUGAUGGUCAGAUUGUCCAAGAAUUAGUGCCUGCUGGGGAGUCACCAAUGCUAAAAAGUGAUUAUCACAUCAGCGUGAAGAUGGGAGAUAUCCCUGGUGCCAGCUCAGACUCCAAAUUUUUCAUCAAACUCUAUGGUGAAAAAGCAGAGUCUGGCAAAGAGCCUCUCUUAGUCUCUGAUAAUGAUCUAGGCAAUUAUUUUGAACGUGGUCGAGUGGUUGAAUUUACUCUAGAUAUGAUGGAUAUUGGGAAGAUCAACUGAAUACUGAUUGGACACAAUAACGUGGGUCUCCAGUCUGGUUGGUUCCUGGCCAGUGUCCAGAUCACAGUUCCAGUCCAGGGAAGGCAGUACAUGUUCCCCUGCAACUGAUGGCUUGACAAAGAUGAGGCUGAUGGCAGGGUGGAGGUGGAGGUCUACCCAAGUGAGAUUCUGCCUAUUGAGAAAUUGAUAAACUACGAGGUGUCUGUGGUUACCGGAGACAUGCAGGCUUCAGGCACCAACGCCAAAGUCUUCAUGCAGAUUUAUGGCGAGACUGGCAAAACAGAGUUGAUCAUCUUAGAAAACAGAUCAAACAACUUCAAACGAGGAGCCACAGAUAUUUUCAAGAGAGAGGCUGCAGAUGUUGGCAAAAUUUAUAAGAUUCGGAUAGGCCAUGAUGGGACAGGCAUUGGGGAUGGCUGGUUCCUGGAAAGCGUCACACUGAAGCGGCUUGCCAUGAAGGCAAAGGAGCCUGAUAAAAACAAGAAGAAGAAAAAGAAGUCUGAUGAGGAGGAAGAAGAGGAAACCAAGGUGGAAGAAGUCAUGGAUGUCUAUACGUUUGUGGCACACUGAUGGUUGGCUAGAGAUGAAGGAGAUAAGGAGCUUGUGGUGGAGCUGGUACCCGAUGGAGAAUCUGACCUGGAGGAGAAUACGUACGAAGUCCGUGUUCUCACUGGGAAUGUGUCUGGGGCUGGGACAGAUGCUAACGUCUUCUUGAGCAUCUAUGGCAUAGAAAGAGGAGACACGGGUGAGCACCAGCUGAAAAGGUCAAAUAACUUCAACAAAUUUGAAAAGGGCCAGGUGGAUGUGUUCACCAUUAAAGCCAUUGACCUGGAUGAGCUGAAGAAGCUGCAGAUCCACUACGAUAACUCUGGUGCUAGCCCAAGCUGGUUCCUGGAGAGGGUAGAGAUUGUUGACCUCAAGGAGAGCACCACGCAUUAUUUUCCAUGCCAGCAGUGGUUAGCAGUUGAGGAAGAUGACGGUCAGAUUAUCAGGGAGCUGGUCCUAGUGGAUGAAGCAUUUGUAAAGAAAGAUUCGGAAAAUGAUGGCCGGUCUCUUGCAAUGCUGGGCCUGAAACAGAAAGCUAAAUCAACCACAUACACAGUGAAAGUGAAAACCGGGGACAAGAAAAAUGCUGGGACAGAUGCAAACGUCUUCAUCGCUCUCUAUGGAAGUAAAGAUGAUACAGGGAUAGUCAGCCUAAAGGCCUCAAAGAUUAACAAGAACAAAUUUGAGCAUGGGAAGGUAGAUGAGUUUACAGUGGAAUCUGUGGACAUUGGAGACCUGAAAAAAAUCAAGAUAGGCCAUGAUAAUAAAGGUAAUUCAACUGGCUGGUUUCUGGAAUGGGUGGAGAUUGAUGCCCCAUCACUGGGACAGUGCCUCAAGUUCCCUUGUGGCCGUUGGCUGGAUAAAUCGGAGGAUGAUGGAGCCAUUGAGAGAAUUAUCUUCCCUGCAGAACUGCAGACAACAGAGUAUACCCCACUUGUGCCUUACGAGAUAGUCUACACCAGUGAUAUCUUCGGAGCUGGCACAGAUGCAGAUGUCUUCAUUGUUCUGUAUGGAUCCGAUGGGAUCUGCACUCAGCAGAAAUCCCUGUGCCUCAACAAGAGGGAGCAAAGGAUGUAUUUUGAAAGGAACUCAGUGAAUCAGUUCAUUGUGGAGCUGGAGGAUGUUGGUGACAUUAUUGAAAAGAUUUGCAUAGGACACAGUGGCGAAGGGCUGAAUUCUAGAUGGCAUUUGGACCAUGUGAUGAUUCGGAGACUAUUGCCAAAUGGAAAGGGCUCAGAAACUGUCAUAUUUCCAUGUGAAAGAUGGCUUGCAAAGUCUGAAGAUGACAGCAAGAUUAUCAGAGGGAUGGUAUCAUCUGAUACUUUUACUGAAAAACUCGUGAAGGACGGGACACUCAAGCAGACAGAGGAAGAAAUUGAAGACCCAUUAGAAGUGAUCCCAUACCACGUCACCGUCAUGAUGGGCACAGAAUACAACUCCAGCACUGACAGCCGGGUGUACAUCAUCAUCAUGGGUCCUGUGAAAGCGCAGACGGAGAGGCUGUGGCUGGAUCUCUCGGAAGAAAAAAGAGAGUUUGAAGAUGGCUGUGUAGAGAAAUUCUCUGUUUGGGGCCUGGAUGUUGGGGAGAUCAAAAAAGUGGAGGUAGGGCACAACGGUGCUACCCCUGAGAGCUGCUGGCUGUUGGAAGAGCUCACCAUUGUCAUGCCCACCAAAGGUGUCAUGUAUAUUUGUAAGUGCUGGCUGGCCAGAGAAAAAGGUGAUGGUCUCACCUUAUGAAUCCUCAACAUCCUGGAUGCGGACUGUGUUAAUGUUGGCCUCAAGAUCCUCUACAAAGUCACGGUUGUGACUGGAGACAUUGAAAGCAGUGGUACUGAUACCAGUAUUUUCAUGACGGUCUUUGGAUCCAAUGGGAACACUGAGGAGAUGCAGCUGGAAAAAAAUGGAGAUAGGUUUGAGCGAGGCCAAGAGGACAGGUUCAUUAUGGAGAUCGCCAAUAUCGCACCCCUCAGGAAGAUGAGAAUCCGGACGGAUGGGAAGGGGACUCGCCCGCACUGGUACCUGGAAAGGAUCAUCCUGAGGAACCUGACUAAUCAAGAAGUGGCCAUGUUUACCUACGGUGAAUGGCUGUCAAAGGUGAAAAAUGCCAAGGGCAGUCUUGAGUGUGAGAUGCCAGCUAUCAUAGAUGACGAGCAGAUGAUGGAGGACACAACAUACACUCUUCAGGUUAAAACCAGUGAUGCUGGAGGAGCAGGCACCGACGCCAACGUGUCCUUGAUCCUGUUUGGGGAGAAUGGGCACAGCAGGACCCUGGCUCUGAAAGAGUCCAACAAGUCUAACAAGUUAGAGAGGAACCAUAUGGAUGAAUUCAGCUUCUCGGACAUGCUGAGCCUGGAAGAUCUCUGCAAAGUGCAGAUCUGGCACAACAACAAAGGAAUUGCACCAGAUUGGCACUUGGAAUAUAUUGAAGUGACGGACUCUGCCAUGGACAAGACAUUUCGCUUCCAGUGUGAUCGCUGGCUAGCUAAAGAUGACGACAAUGGGCAGCUCAUAAGGGAACUGGCUUGUGACAUCCUGGAACUGAAGGAACAGACCAUCUAUGAGAUUGUCACAGUAACAAGUGACAGAGAGGAUGCAGAAACAAAAGAAAACAUCUGAAUCAUCUUAGAAGGAAAGCUGGGCCACUCAAAAGAAUUCCUGAUGGAAAACUCCACCAAGAAAAGAUUUGAAAAGGGAGCAACAGACACAUUUCAGUUUUCUUCAAAGAAUGUCAGUGCUAUCGCAGCCAUCUGCAUUGGACACUGCCCAAAAGAUGAGAAGAAGUCAUCUGCAAAAGCUGAUGUCUUCUGGCACAUCCAAGAGAUUGUCAUAAUUGAGAUGGAGCUUUGUAACAAAUACUUUUUCAGGUGCAAUGUGAAAAUCCCUCUGCAUUACAAGAGACGGGACUACAAAGUCUUUGAGUGUGCCAAGGUCAUUGAGAGCUUUGCCAGCAAAGCCCGGAGCUUGGUACCAGUCAAAUAUGAGACCAUCAUAGUCACAGGCUUUGAAAAGGGUGCAGGGACUGAUGCCAAAGUGUCCAUCACCAUCUUCAGGGUGAAUGGGGACUCAGGAAAGCGAGUGCUGAAGCAUAAAUUCAGGAACCUCUUUGAGCAGAGAAAAACCAGCAGGUUUUACCUGGAAACGCUGGACAGGGGGGAACUAAAAAAAGUCCAGAUCGAGCAUGACAACAGCGGUCUGGGGCCAGGCUGGCUGGUGGAGCGAGUGGAGAUCACCAACACGGCAACUGGCGUGACGACCAUAUUUCCCUGCGGGAAGUGGCUGGAUGAAAACCGGGGUGAUGGGUUAAUCUGGAGGGAGCUUUUUCCUAGGUACUGAGGAAGGCAGGGCUGCAGGAGGGUUUUGAUCCAGUCUGCAUGAGCAUUUUUCUCAUUAUACUGUUUUAUAUUGCAUUUUGCUUUUUAAAAUGCUGCCUUUAUAUUGAAAGAUUUUUAGUAACAAGAUGUGUUUCCUGGGUUAAGGUUUUGUAAAAGUAAUACUGCAAUUUUUUAGAGCGCAUAUAAAAUUGUGAAUGAAAUAAAUACAUUUCUCACUUCUUUAUGAUUAAAAG